UGUAGUAACACAUUUCCGGUGUAUGGCAGUUUUCGUGUUAAAGUGCGCUGCGUGUUCUUCUUUUUUUAUUUGUUAAGUUUUUAACGCUGUCAAGUGCGCGAAUUAUUCAAAGACUUGUUUAUCGCAUUUAGCUAAAGGGAAAGCUACAAUCAGGCCGCCAAGAUGCCGCGAAUUAUGAUAAAAGGAGGCGUUUGGCGCAACACUGAGGAUGAGAUCCUCAAGGCAGCAGUAAUGAAAUAUGGGAAAAACCAGUGGUCCCGUAUUGCCUCCCUGUUGCACCGCAAGUCUGCCAAACAGUGCAAAGCCAGAUGGUACGAGUGGUUGGACCCCAGUAUCAAAAAGACAGAGUGGUCCAGAGAGGAGGAGGAGAAGCUGCUUCACUUGGCCAAGCUGAUGCCCACCCAGUGGAGGACCAUUGCUCCCAUCAUUGGACGCACUGCUGCCCAGUGUCUGGAGCACUAUGAAUACCUGCUAGAUAAAGCAGCACAGAGAGACAAUGAGGAAGAGGUGGGCGAUGACCCCAGGAAGUUAAAACCAGGAGAAAUCGACCCAAACCCUGAGACGAAACCAGCCAGGCCAGACCCUGUGGACAUGGAUGAAGAUGAGCUGGAGAUGCUGUCAGAAGCCAGAGCUCGUCUGGCCAACACUCAGGGCAAAAAAGCCAAAAGGAAGGCCAGAGAGAAACAGUUGGAGGAAGCCAGACGACUGGCGGCUCUGCAGAAACGCAGGGAGCUGAGAGCUGCAGGAAUAGCUGUUCAGAAGAAGAGGAAGAAAAAGAGGGGGGUGGACUACAACGCCGAAAUCCCCUUUGAAAAGAAACCGGCACCGGGUUUCUAUGACACCAGUAUGGAGCAGUACGAUGCACUGGAGCCCAACUUUAAACGGCUCAGACAGCAACAUUUGGAUGGAGAACUACGCAAUGAACGUGAGGAGAGGGACAGGAAGAAGGAUAAACAGAAGAUAAAGAAGAAGAAAGAGAGCGAUCUGCCGUCUGCAAUCCUGCAGACCAGCGGAGUGGCCGAGUUCACAAAGAAACGCUCCAAACUGGUGUUACCUUCACCACAGAUCAGCGAUGCCGAGUUAGAGGAGGUCGUUAAACUGGGUGUUGCCAGUGAGGUCGCCCGCCAGGCUGCUGAAGAGAGCGAGGGAGGAAACUCUGCCUCCUCCACCCUCCUGUCUGAGUACAGCGUUGCCAACAACAUGGCAACCGGACUACGAACCCCACGCACCCCUGCUGCACAGGACAGGAUACUGCAGGAAGCCCAGAAUCUGAUGGCUCUGACCAAUACUGACACCCCUCUGAAAGGAGGCCUCAACACGCCGCUGCACGAGAGCGACUUCAGUGGAGUCACGCCUCAGCGGCAGCAGAUUCAGACACCAAACACUGUUCUCAGUACACCCUUCAGAACUCCUGGACCCGGCCAGGGCUCAGAAGGAAUGACUCCUAUAGCUGGAGGUGGGAUGACCCCACGCAGUACUCCAGGUCUGACCCCGGGUCCGACACCGCUGAGGGACAAACUGAACAUCAACAGUGAGGAGCAACUGGCUGACCCUGCAUACGCCAAACAUCUGCACAAGGAGAGUCUGCAGCAGCUGAGACAAGGCCUGAUGUCACUUCCUGUCCCGAAGAACGACUUUGAGAUUGUUCUUCCUGAAAAUGCAGAGAAAGAACUUGAAGAAACAGAAAUGGAGACGGGAUUUAUUGAAGAUUCUUCAGAUGUAGAGGCUCGCAAACAGGCUCAGAGGGACGCAGAAAGGGAGAAAGAGUUGAAGCUGCGACACACUGCUGUGCAGAGGAGUCUCCCCCGACCCACUGAGGUAAACGAGUCCGUCCUUCGUCCUGCCUCCAUGGAGCCGCUCUCUGACCUUCAGGUGGCCGAGGAGCUCAUCAAACAGGAAAUGAUCACCAUGAUGCACAACGACUGCCUGCACCAUCCGUCAGCCAACGCAGCCAACGCAGCCAAUCAGCUGCAGCGUGGCAAAACCAAAGGCCCCGCCUCCACGUCCAAUAACGCCUCACACAUCUCUUACCUGGAAACACACCCCUACAAACCAGUCAGCACAGAGGACAUGGAGCAGGCGAAGGUGAUCCUGGCAGUAGAGAUGGAAGUGGUGAAGGCAGGAAUGGGUCAUGGAGAUCUCAGCCUGGAGGCCUACACUCAGGUGUGGGAGGAAUGCUACGGACAGGUGUUGUACCUCCCUGGUCAGAACAGGUACACCAGAGCUAACCUGGCAUCAAAGAAGGAUCGUAUUGAAAGCCUGGAGAAAAAGCUAGAGGUGAACCGUGGUCACAUGACAGCAGAGGCUCGACGAGCAGCUAAGCUGGAGAAGAAACUGAAAAUCCUUCUGGGGGGGUUUCAGUCCAGAGCUCUGGGGCUCCUGAAGCAGCAUAAUGAGCUCUGGGAACAGGUGGAGCAGGCAGCUACGGAGCUGCAGACUUUCAACCAGCUGAAGAAACAGGAGGAUCUGGCCAUUCCCAGGAGACAUGAGGCUCUGCGGGAGGACGUGGACAGGCAGAUGGAGAGAGAACGAGAACUUCAGCAGAGAUACGGAGAGCUGCUGAUGGAGAGGGAGUCUCUGCUCAGCAGCUCACAGAAAUACUGAGAAACAUAAAAAUCAUUUCAGGCUGACAGCUGACCUGAAACAAGCUCCUCGUUCAGCGUAUCCAACCUGCUCUUCUUUUCAGGUUCUAACUCCAGUGAUAAGCCCCGCCUCUCUGUGCUGAUGUUGCUGUGAUGUCACAGGAUGUUCUGAGCAUGCUCAAUAGUCCUCGUUUCUUCUGUACUCAAGUCGUGACCAAUAAAGUUUUUCCAACAAUAA